CUUCUCGUACUUUUUACGUGUUUUUCUGAUUUUUUCAAUUUUCAAGGGAACUAACUGCUACACAAGGAACUCUACUUCCCUCUGGUCUCAAAUAACUGCUACACAAGGAAUUCUACUUCCCUCUGGUUUAGUAAAAACAACAACGCCCGCUUUUAUUGACGUGUCCCCCAUUGUCCUAGUUCCUUCUCAACGCUACCGACACCCCCAUCCAUUAUAUUAAGGCUGUACCUAAUACAUCUUUGGGCGCAUCCUUGAAACUACGUAUGGAGGAGUAUCCUAAGGGAAUACUCCCCCAUACUUUUCAAGGAUGCACUUGAAAGAUGAAUGGCGGACAGCUCUAAUUAUACUUUUGAAUCCCAACUUGCCACAUCAACAGG